AUGGCGUGCGUGCACUUGAAGGGACUGAUGACGCAGGAUGUUGCCCAAGACGUGCUGGCAGAGUUGAAGAGUCGGAAGUACAACACAGAACCGGAUUCGGUGGAUGAGAUGCCCACUUUCGAGUUCUAUCCAAUGGUCAACGGCGAAUGGGCGGACCCAGGCCUCGGCAAGCGGUUGGGGGCCUUGGUGGAUGCCGUGGUGCCGUUGGUGCGCGACAGCUUCUCGUGCAGCAGCUGCGUGGCUGCGGAGAUCUUGGUGAGGCGCUACGUCACGGGGGAGCGCAGAGCGCACAGCCUCCACUUUGAUGGCCACGCCUUUGCCACGGUGGUGCUGGGGCUCACCCGCCCCAACGAGUACGAUGGGGGGCUAUACAUCCAACCGCAGCCGAAUGCUCGUUCUCGACGUUUUGUGUUUUUGGAGCCGGGGGACCUUUUUCUCCAUUCCUUCAACCUGCAGCAUGGGGUGCGGCUGUUCUCUGGAAGCCGCUACAGUUUGGUCCUUUGGAUAAAGCCGGCGGCGGCAAUUGCCUUGCGGAGCACCCCGUGGUACGACGCCGCGGCGAAGAAGGGGGACCCCGAUGCCUUCUUCAACCUCGCGGAGCAGUAUUUGCAGGGCACUGGCGGCAAAACCGCAGACCCGGAUCGCGCCCUAGAGCUGUAUGCGGCGGCUGCGGAGUUGGGGCACCCCUUCGCGGCGAACCACCUGGGACUUCUCUUGGCAGAGUCGGACGCUGAGGAGAGCAUGAAGUGGCUCCAGGCGGCCGCCGGCUCGGGCCUCGCCACGGCGCAGAAGAGCCUGGCCUUCGCUCUGGCCUCGGCGCAGGCUUUGGCACCUGCAGCCAAGUGGAUGCGCCGGGCAGCCGAGCAGGAUGACCUGGAAGCAGCCUAUGUGCUGGGCACCAUGUACCUCCACGGCCAAGGGGUAGCUCCUGCCCCGCGCUUGGCGCGCGCCUGGGUGCUGCACAGCGCGCUGGGCGGCUACGGGGACGCCAUGUGGGAGCUGGCGCGCUGGAAACGGCCCAACCGGACUUUCGAGGAGUUCUGGCUGCAGCGUGCCGCCGUGCAGCAGCACGCCCUGGCGGCCAAGAGCUGGGCCAAGGUGUUGCAGAGCAAGGGCCUGGAUCGCGAGGCGCUGCUGUGGUGGAAGCGCUUCGCCAAGUUGGGCCGCUAG